GAGCGAGCGGGUGAGCGAGCGGGGUCGCGUCUCCUGCUGGGCUCGGGCUCCGGCUCCUGCUCCGGCUCCUCCCGUCCGACUCGGUGGUCCCUGCGCUUCUGGGCGGUGGUGGCGGGGCCGUGGCGGGCAGGGAAAGGCCAGGCCCAGCCUCGUGAGCUUCGGUCCUUCAACAUGGAUUCACAGAAGGAUGUUCAGCCUCCAAAGCAGCAGCCAAUGAUUUACAUUUGUGGAGAAUGUCAUACAGAAAAUGAAAUAAAGGCAAGAGAUCCUAUCAGAUGCAGAGAAUGUGGCUACAGAAUAAUGUACAAGAAAAGGACAAAAAGAUUGGUGGUUUUUGAUGCCCGAUGAUAUCUGCUGAAGAUACAGUGACUUCAUGAUGCAGUUUAAUCUUUCUGAUAACUUUUGUCUGUAAAACUGUCUGUGUACAAAUGCACACUCUUAUUUGUGUUUUAAGAGAUUAUUAAAGUUCACUGUAAUACUAAAUUUUGUCUAUACCAUCUUCCAGCAAUAGAUUUCUAAAGCUGUUGUUUAAAUUGUCAGAGUAUGCAGUAUUUUUUAAGUUCAGUCGUUUUGUAUUCUUUUUGACUUAACUCUGUUUUCAUUACUGUCAUCUAAACUUUAUUUGCAUUUUAACUUUGUUAAAUGUUUCUUUGGACUUGUGUGAAUUGCAUAAAAUAACUGUGGUUUGAAUAAAUUCCACUGAAAAUAAAUAGAGGGCUACACAAGGCUAGGUCUGAAA